AUGUCAGAGACAUCAUAUUGGAACGGUAAAUAUUCUUUGGCAAAGUUUUUAUAUCAAAACCGGGAACUUUGGGAGAUGCUCGUGGGAUUUUGUGCGCUCUCACAUCUAUUAAUCCCUGCUACCUGGGGUGACUUGUCCGAGCAGAGCUGCAUUUCCAAAGAGUGUGUGGGAACACCCAGGAGACCACACUUAGCUAAAGGAAACAGAGAAGAUCAUGAAGACAAGGAAGUGGUGGCAGAGAUCAUGGCCAGGUGUUUUGUGCCUACGCGGAUAACCACCACCUCGUGGGAGGGAUUUUACUUUGUUGGGCAAGAGAUUCGGAUAACAGAAGCCAUGGAUUGCUUCGGGGCCGUGGUUUGGCCAUCGGCCCUUGUGUUGUGCCAUUUUCUGGAGACAAACAUAAAGCAGUAUAAUUUGGUAGACAAACGUGUCAUUGAGAUUGGAGCUGGGACAGGGCUCGUGUCCAUUGUGGCGAGUUUAUUGGGUGCCCAGGUGACUGCCACUGACUUACCGGAACUACUUGGAAACCUGCAGUAUAAUAUUUCCCGAAACACUAAAUUGAAGUGUAAGCACUCGCCACAGGUGAAGGAACUCUCUUGGGGCAUAGCGCUAGAGGAGAACUUCCCCAAGUCUUCCAGCAGGUUCGACUACAUCCUGGCGGCCGACGUGGUCUAUGCUCAUCCUUUCCUGGACGAGCUACUCCUCACCUUUGAGCAUCUGUGCAGGGACAAGACCGUCAUCCUCUGGGCCAUGAGGUUCAGGCUGGAGAAAGACGACGCAUUUGUGGAUAGAUUUAAGGAGGUGUUUGAGCUUGAGGAAAUUUCCAGUUUCCCUACUCUGAGUAUUAAGUUGUAUAAAGCUGUGAAGAAGAGUCGGAGGAAUGUACGAUACUCUCACAGAAGCUUUUAAAAAGUGAAGGAACUUUUAGCUGCUUAGAAAAUGACCCUGGAUAAGUGGACGGAGCAUUUGAUUUUCCUAUAAA